GUGUGUGUUAGUGUGUGUGUGUGUGUUAGUGUGUGUGUGCGUGUGUGUGCGUGUGUGCGUUAGUGUGUGUGUUAGUGUGCGUGUGUGCUAGUGUGUGUGUGUGUGCGUCCGUGUGUGACCAUGUGGGGAGCGAUCUGUCAGCUCACGUCCAAACAUCGGUGGCGAAUAUCUGAACGCAGUCCAGGUCGGCCUUCCCGACCUCGACUGGGUGCCACGGCCCAUCGCACACGUGUGUACGUUAUUUAAAGAUCAACAACAACGAGGGAGACAAAGGCGGCCGGACGUGGUGUUUGCCACCCACUCCGCCCUCGUGUGCCAGUGUCGACCUUUGUAGGCGCUACUCGCUAAAAGCACUUGCCCCAACAGCCUGCGGAGGCUACACGGCCUGUAUUUGUCUUUGUGACAAUCUUAUUUGCGAAACUUUAUUUGACACCGGACACAAGUUUGGGGAAGGGGUGGGUGGUGGGGUUCGCGUCUCCCUUCCCAGGGAGUCUUCGAGUCGGCAGACUGCGGCGUGACUCCUCUUGCGGCCGCAUUCCUCUCUCGCCUGCGAAACCGGAGUGACCUGUUUUGAGGACCCCUCCACCACCCCACACUCCGCCCGUUCCUUCACCUGGGCACGUGGCGCUGUGCCCUGGGCGCUGGGUCGCACUGACAGGACACAGUGUACACAAAGUCAAAGAUGACCCGUGUAGCCUCAACACACUGUUGGGGCAAGUGCUGUUACCGAGUAGCACCUGUAUGAAGGCCGGCAUGGGGAUAGAGGGGGUGGCCAAGAUUACGUCCAUUUGAGGCUGAGUCGACCUAGGAGAGGCCCAGGACCGGUUCAGAUAAUCGUCACUGGUGUUGGCCCACUGCACACACACACAGCGGGUGUGUGUGAGAGUAAUAAUACCACCCCGUGUGCUCGCGCGUGUGAGAGAGAGAGCAGUCAAGCGGCUUUCUCCAACAGGUCCCCGUGCGUGGCACGAGGCGUGUAUGAAAUAUUCACUGUCCCCAACAGUUUGUGAGAGCUAUGCGGGGUAUCUUUGUCCCUGGGUAUGUGUGUGCCGUGUCGCCCUUCAUUAAUGCAACACUUUCUCCCAAACGGCCUGUUGUGCGUGUGAGUUGGGAGCCGUCGUGCAGCAGGUAGCGCGCUAUGCUAAGAACCCGCCCACCCCAGUUCGAUUCCCGCUCACGGCCUCAAAUGAGGAGCUGGUGCGAUGUGUAAACAUCGCCACUGGAGAGACAAAGGCGGCCGGGCGUGGUGCUGGCCACCCACCCUCUCGUGUGCCGUCAUAGGUGCUCGCUAACAGCACUUUCCCCAUCCAUCUGUCAAAGGAUAUCAGGGGAUCUUUGUCUGUGUGUCCGUAGUUUGAUUGACAGGUUCCUCCCCGUCCUCUACGCACCCAGCACGGAGAAGCAGAACCAUGUUUUCAAUGCUGAGCCUACCUAGGGGAGAGACGGACCCAGUCGAUACCCAGGAGCAGCAACAACAACAGCAGCAACAACAACAACAGCUCGCGUCUUCCCCGGGUCGACAGCUCCUGUUACGUGGGACACAGACCAUGAGCUUCAUGGGCCACCUGGCGGGCCAGGUGCUGGUGACAGUGCGCGACCUCUACAAGGGCCUGAACCCUGCCACGCUCACGGGCUGCAUCGACGUGAUCGUGGUGCGGCGCGCCGACGGGUCGCUUGCCUGCUCGCCCUUCCACGUGCGCUUCGGCAAACUCGGCGUGCUCAGCUCCCGCGAGAAAGUGGUGGAUAUUGAGGUGAAUGGUUUCCCCGUGGAUCUGCAGAUGAAGCUUGGGGACAAUGGGGAGGCGUUCUUUGUGCUCGAGACCGACGAGGGGGAGCUUCCUUCCCACCUCUCCACGUCUCCCAUCCCCAUGGGCGGAGCCGGCCCACUGAGCCAGCAGCAUGCCACCCCGCCCCCCUCUACCACCCCCCCAGCACCACAGCAGGGCGAUCCGUCCAAUGCUGCGGGUAGCACAGUCGCUAUGGAGAUGCUCAAGCGGCAGAGGAUGAGGAGGAGGGAGGAGGAGGUGGGGGGAGGAGACUCCACGGACGAAGAGGACGAGGAUGACGAUGAUGAUGAUGGGGAGGGGGGGCGCGGACGAGGGGGCGACGGGGGAGCCAUGUUCAACUUGGAACUCAGCCCCGACGAGGAGGAGGAGGUGGAAGAGCGCGAGCCUGGAGACUCCUCGCCGGCGCGGAAGAGGAAGGAGAGACGGAAGAGGGGUUUUGUGCCGGGUCAGAUGGAGCACCGUGUGAGAGCCCCCACCUUCAUCCCGAGCCAGAAGACGGUGUCAGACGGAGAGUGGAGUCCCACGCCCAGUCCUUCGUGCAGCCCCAAGAGCGACUCGGAGCUGAGCGUCCACCCCACAGGGGAGCGGCGCACGUCGGUCAUGGAGCAGCACAUGCAGUGGGCCUGGGGGGCCUUCCCCAGGGCGGCGCUGCAGCACCGGCCCUCGGUGAGUGGGGAGCAGCGGAAGGCAGAAGGGGGGUCCCGAUUUCAAUCCCGCAGAGGAGCGCAGUGCUCCUGGUCGAACAUGGAAUCAUCAUCAGCAGCAGCAGCAGCAACAUCACGAGCAAGAUCAUUAGUAGCAAUUUCAGCACAAGCAAAUGGAACAAUAUCAGCAGGGCCAAAAACACUUGAAUCAGCGGCCCGAAUUACAACAUCAUCAUCAUCAUUAUCAAAAACAAAAACAAUAGUAGAAACAUCAUCAGCAGCAACAGGUUCAUUAUCAUCAACAGCAGCAACCACCACCACAGCAAGACAAGCAAAAGGAACAACAGCAGCAGUAGCAGCACCAUCACCAUCAGCAUCACCAGCAGCAGAAUCUGCAGCUGCACCAAUAGUAUUGGAAGCUUCAGUGAAAUCAUCAUCAGCAGCAGCAGCAGAUCAGACGGGUGACGUGCUGGGCGACCCGCCGGGUAACCCACCGGGUAACCCAUCUGGUGACCUGCCGGGCGACUCAUUGGGUGACUCAUUGGGUGACUCAUUGGGUGACUCAUUGGGUGACUCAUUGGGUGACUCAUUGGGUGACAAGCUGGUCGACUCACCGAGGGACCCGCCGGGCGACGUGCCGGUGGAGUCGCCGGGCGACGUGCCGGUGAUCGUGAUCGAGCGCGCCGAGACUGCCGCUGCCGCCAGCAGGGUCCGGCAAAUCCCGGCCCCCCAGAGCUCCGGGGGGACCCAGACCCCCUACGGUGCGGCGGGUGGGACCCCCAGGGCCCCCCUCGUGUCAUGGGACUCGGUGUACGAGGAUGCGGUGGAGGUGGGGGAUGCUGCUGCUGCGAUGGGCAGUGGGAGAGAGAACCACGCGGCGGACGAGGUGUGGGGUCAGCCGAGCGUCUCAGGGGAGGCGCCCCCCUCAACCGUCGUUGCCGGCGGCGGCGACGACGGCGGCGUCGACGGCGUCACCUGCAGGCCGGCGAGCUUGCCCCUGGCGGGACCCCCGCGCCCCCCCCUUGGGGGCAGCCCCCCCGACGGCGGCGCGGACUGCCGGUGGGACUCCCCCCUGGGCCCCCCCGGAGGGCCCCGGAUCGCGCUGUCGCUGUGCGGGGGGCUGAGCGACACGGGGCAGCUCACGGAAGAGCGGUUCCGCGAGCGCCGCGUCGCCUUCCUGGAUCUGUGUGAGAACCCGGAGCUGCUCAGCGACCCGCAGCUCGUGGUGAAGAUCGGCAACAGCUAUUACAACUGGGCAGUGGCGGCUCCCAUCCUACUCUCCGUUCACGCCUUUGGGAGGCAGCUACCACAGGCGUGUGUGGACCGCCUGGUGAGGGAGAAGAUGUCCCGCUCGUCGUAUCGCUGGUGGUUCUCAUGGGGACGCCGUGACAACGCAGCGCUGGAGUCACCGGGGAGGGGCGACGUGGCGAGCACCCCCAGUGGCACCGAGUCGAGCCCCAGCACCAGCACCAGCGCAGCCUCCACCACACACAGUGCCCCCCACGAGGAUUCCCCCCUGGAGGUGCAGGGACCCCCACAAAUGCAGAAGCUGAAGCCGCCCCCCACCUCCCCGCUGGACACGCGGCCCCCCGCUCCGGCGUUCCGCAAGACACUGCGUUUGUCCUCGCAGCAGCUCGCCAGCCUGGGGCUGCGUCCGGGCGCCAACGAAGUGCGUUUCAGCGUGACCACGCCGUUCCAGGGCACGACCCAGUGCCAGGGCACGCUGCACCUGUGGGACUGGGACUCGCGUGUCAUCAUCUCCGACAUCGACGGCACCAUCACCAAGUCGGAUGCUCUCGGCCAGAUCCUGCCAACGCUGGGCAAGGACUGGACGCACGAGGGCAUCGCUCGCCUCUUCCACCGCAUCCACCAGAACGGGUACAAGUUCCUGUACUGCUCAGCGCGUGCGAUCGGCAUGGCGCACAUGACGCGCGGCUACCUGCAGGGCGUGAGGGAGCAGGGCACCAUGCUGCCACGCGGACCCCUGCUGCUCUCGCCCAGCAGCCUCUUCGCUGCCCUGCACAGGGAGGUUAUCGAGAAGAAGCCGGAGCGGUUCAAGAUCGAGUGUCUGCGUGACAUCGGCCGCCUCUUCCACCCCACCCCGGAGCCCUUUUACGCCGCGUUCGGCAACAGGGCCAACGACGUGUUGGCCUACAGGGAGGUGGGGGUGGCUGAGCCGAGGAUCUUCACGGUGAACCCCCGCGGGGAGCUGGUGCAGGAGCACGCACGCACAGACAAGUCCUCGUACGGGAAGCUGCAUGACGUGGUGGACCACGUGUUCCCACGGCUGCCCACGGCGGGGGGAGGCGGAGCGGGGGAGGGGCCCCCCAGCACAGCCUCGUGAGCGGCCCGGAGACUCCCGCAGGCCCCCACCUCGGCCUGCUCCCUGCACCUCGUCGCGCCUCUGCCCUGCUCGCCUCGAUCCUCCACGUCACCCCCACGCACGACCCCCCUCCCUACUUCCCACCUCAUCCUCCCUCCACCCACCAGCCCAUCCACUCCCUCCCACGACCUCCCACACCACCACCUCAUCCGCCCUACACACACCACCUGCAACCCCUCGCACCUCCUCCCACCUCCACCAUCACUGCCCAAUCGUCGACAUCCUCACAUCGCCUCCACCCUCCACCUCAUCCUUCACCUCCUGCCCACCUCCACUCACCACCACCACCCACCACCACCUCCACCCACCACCACCCACAACCACAUCCACCCACCACCACCUCAUCCUUCCUCCACCCACCUGCACCUCCCACUACCGUGACCCUCGAACCUCCCACCACCAUGCUCCCUCGUCCUCACCUCCACCCCCUGGUUUAUGCUGAUGUAUUUAUCUACCCAGAUAUAUAUUUACAGGCGAUGAAGGCGCAUUUGAAAACAUUGCCAUGUCACGUUUCACGUCAAUGUCCCAAAGCUACGAUGAUGUCAGCGCUGAGUCAGGAGUUGAAGUGAUUCAGAAGCACAAGGAGUAAAGCCGUAGAGCUAAUAAGCUCUUCUCGGCCGGCAGACAUCAUCCAAGCAUUUCACAAUUACAAAUUUGAAAAACACAAAUUUACUAAUAGCAAUUAUGCUGUAAAUUUACAUUCAGACAAAAACUUUGGUGAUUUUAAUAACAGAGUAAGUUUCAGUUCAGUUUAUUUUGAAGUACCCUGUUAGCCAAGAAGCUCUUAAAUCGGGUUUCAUCAUCAUCAUCACCAUCAUCAUCAUCACCAUCAUCAUCACCACCACCACCAUCAUCACCAUCAACAACAACAAAAACAUUGCCACUUCUCUGACAAACGCAGCAAAUCACAGUAAAAUAAAUCGAUGAUAACAAUAAGAGGUGAGAGAAAUGAAAAAAUACUGAGCAAAUCAUCAGUACAAUAUUAAAAUUAU